AUGAAUCAACAAUUGAUCUUACUGCUCGCGACAAUCCCUUUGAUUGCAUGCGGAGAUGCGCCACCCAGAACAACAAGUGCUAAGGGAACAUUGCUUUGCGGUGAGAAGCCAUAUGAGGAUGCUCGAGUGCGACUGUAUCGAAUGAAUUCUGAGGACAACAAAGAAAUUCUGGACUAUAAGGUGACCAGUUCGUCGGGAAUGUUCCAAGUGGAUGGCAAUACCCAAGGACGACCCAAAAACGAGUCAAUUAUGACACCAUUCGUUCGAAUCUAUCAUAAAUGUGAUGAAAAUCCACAGAAAGAUGCAAGUUUCUGUUCAAAUUCACCUUUGAAUCGAUUCCUUUUCAUUCGCGGAUUCCGACGUUUCCAGAUGCAGAUUCCGGCAGAAUUUGUGUUCAACGGUCGACUCGCAAAACAAGCGUUUAACCUUGGCUCUAUGAAUCUACAACUGAUCUUCCCUGGCGAGACAAUGGAGAAACACUUCCAGGAAUAG